AUGGCUCACGAACCAGCACACCCGCACGUCUUCGAGGCUUCCGACUUGGCAACUAAAUCCGUUAUCGUGUACUGUGACCGCGCUGAAGUCAAGCGGCUCGUGCAGGUCGAGCUCACCAAGGGCAAUCACGAAAUUGUCGUGCAGAAUGUCUCCGCCGUGAUUGAGCGAGAGUCGGUGCGUGUCGACGGAUUGGGUGUGCUCAUUCAGGAAGUGCAAUAUCAAGAAAUGCCUCAUGAUUUGAGUACUGAAACGGAUAAGAUAAUCGAGUUGGAGAAGACGAAAGCAGAUUUGGAGUGUGAAAAAUGUACAAUCGAGGAUGAAUGUUGUUCGAUUCGAAAGCGAAUUGAGGUCUUGGAUGGAAUUGCAUCUCAAGUCUCUUCGAGUUCUCCAGGAGUCUCAUUCGCCGCUCAAAAGCCAUUGUUGACUCAAAAUUCGAGCCAACCGAAUUUGGCUAGACGUCAUACUGUAACGGGACAAGAACCAAACAUUUUGGGUUUAGGAAACCCGGGCGGACCCCCGUCGUUCUUGUUAAACGAAGAAUCUCUGGAGAACCUGGCCAAGUUUCUUCAAUAUUACGGAAAUGCGGUUAGCGAGAUGAAGCGCGAAUUGCGCAAGCGUCAAAGAAACACCGAACAAUUGACUGAACGAAUCGAUCUUCUUGAUCGCCAAUUGGAUCAACUUCGUUGCGGUGCGGAAUAUGACUCCGUCAAAAGGUCAGAUAAAACCCAUUUAUACAAAUAUAGUACCCGGAUUUUCCCGGUGGGAAUGACACAAAUAACUUAG